GGGAAUAUCCAAGUGACAGCAGCAUACGCGCCCACUCUUCCCACCACUCCCAGUCCCAGGCUCCCACAGUCCCAUCUCCACUGCUCCAAUGGCCGCGCCAACCUCCCCGGCGAACCCCGUCGCGGGACCGAAGGUGCCCCUCCCGACCAUGGCGGACAUCAUGGCGGCGUCUCGCGCACAGGGCCUGCACGUGCGCCUGCGCACGGUCGGCCCCUUGUUCCGCGUCACGGCCACCCACGGUGAGGGGGAGGAUGCGGUGGAGCUUGGCCGCGCCGAGGGUGGCGUCCGGCCGUGGCCCGGUGGCGCCGUCCUGCACCUCGACUCCAUGCGGAUGACGCGCGCCACACUGAGCGUCUCUGACCGGCCGCUGUUCGGGCUGGGGAUGUUCCUGGGCGCCGUGGCCGUGCGACAUGGCUUCGACGCUGGGUGCAAGCGCGCCGAGCUGCUGGCCAUCAACGACACGCCGCUCUACCACGACAAGCUCGUUAGAUUCUAUAGAAGGAUGGGCUUCAAAGUGGUUCACGAGGUGGAUGGAUCAUCCAUCACUGAUCUUACUCACAUGUUGGUGUGGGGUGGUAAGGGCACAAGAAUGGAUGCUAAUAUCGAAGAUCUUCUCAUUCAGUGGGGAAAAAGAUUCAGACCUCAAAACUAAAGACUGAUUAGUUUUGUUGAGACAUGUUUUUUUUUUUGCAGCGCACAAAUCUUGAUUGAAUACGAUGAGGUAAAAACCUUGCUUCAAUUUCUGUCCUGACAUGUAUUUACUUCACUUCAAGAUCUUCCUGCGUUGCAGUUGUUCACUUCACUUCAAUAAUCAUUACUACAUCAAGUCGUAUUUACGAUAGAGUUUUCAAUGCAGUAAAUGUUCAUUCAUAAGGUUAGCACCUUAAAUCUUAAAUUGUGGCAGUAGCUAUUACUUUAUUUGAGAUUUUGUGAUAUAUGAAAGGAACGACUUAAUUUCCAAUCAUUUUGAUAUCCAAUUAAUGAUUUUAGAUGUCUUAUUUAAAGCUCAAGUCCUCAUUAUAUCACAGUAAUUCCUGGCUUAAUAAAAUAGGAUUUUGUUGGCCUACUAAUUCAUACCUGCAAUUAGGUGUGUUUGAAAAGGUGAAAUGGUGUAGUGACAUGUGCUGUAACAAUCUUGGUAGUGUUCUUUCCGUGUGCUCCAUCUUCUGGAUUGCAUUGAUUUCACUGUUUAUAUCCAAUUCUUUGCGGAAGGUACGAAACUGACGCAAUUGUUCUUUUUGUCUGAUGGAACUUGCAGCCUAAGAUGAUGCUAUGUUUCAGUGCUAGGACUCCAUACGGAUUUGUAUCAUAUGCCAAAACUAUUUAAUGCAGCAAAUCUAUUAUGCUGGUGAUCUCAGCCCCCCAGUAACUUGUACCAUGAAGCUCGUUGGAGGCUCUGCAAUCACUUCGAAGAGCAGCUUCUGUGGUGAGAAUAGAAUGGAAGCAUUCAAAGGUCCUAUGAAAGUUUAAAAUAAGGAGUGUAUGUGAGCACUGACGCAUGAUUCAUCCAAAAACUCGCUAUAAGAGAGAAGCAUCAUAUUAUGUUGUAAAGUUUAAGGUGGACGCAAUGUUCUUUCGAUACAGUUGAGGUAAUCCCUGGCCUCGUAACCAACAAUGGACACGAGGAUGUUUGAUUCCCACGAUACCUUUUAUGUUAGAUUAUGGGCUCUGACCAUCAUCAUAGUAUUGCUACUGUAAAAUAAGGAUCUUAUUUUGUUA